CACGUCCCCCGACAUCGCUCCCUCCGUCGGGCCGGAAUCCCGACUCCUGCCUAAUCAGGAUGUCCUCCAGAUUAGAUCGGCUACUUCUCCUCCUCGACACUGGCUCCUCCGCGUCCGUGCGCCAGACAGCGGCCAAGCAGCUUGCGCAACUUGCCGCGAAGGCCGUCACCGCCGACGUUACCACUCUACAAGACGAUGUCAAGGUUAGCCGACAGCAUGCCGAGCGCGGCGAUCCGGCCGCCUGGGCAGAGCUAAUGGCCGUACUUGCAAGAAUCCUACCAUAUCUACACUCCAGAUCCCAUGAUACCCGUGUCGCAGCCUCUGUCGCGCUUUCGCAGAUAUGCACGCUCGUCCCGCUGUGGCAACCCAAUACCUACCCAGCGGACAUCAAGCAAGAGGACGGCGUGAAGCAAGAGGACGAGGACAACAAGAUGGACGUAGAUCCUCUUCCUGCGCCUGACUUUCCCUCGUUCUCCGUACAGAACGUGAUGGAGAACGGCAAGCUCCUCCUUUCAUCCUCUGGGAAGGAGUUCUUGAAGCCCCAGGGCAUCCUCUCCGACUCGAAUGAGGUCAAGAAGGCGAGGAAGGAGGCGAUGGGUCGCCUCGGCCUCGACUUCCUUGACGACGUCGCGGAUGAGAUGGACCUCGACAAAGAGCUCGCGAGCGCGGACGCCAUGGAAAUCGACCCCUCCGCCGCCCCAUCUGUCAAGGUCGAGGAACAACCACCUACAACUGCCGCCUCCUCUCCCGUCGACGCCGUCGCGCCCGACGUGAAAGCCAGAUCUGCCACGCCAGCGGAAUCGCCUGCUCCACCAGCGCCUGCGGCACCCACCAACGGCCUUGCGGCGCCCGAGCCCGAAGUCGACCUGAGCAACCUCUCGGCACGCGAGCGCAAUCGCCUCAAACGCAAGCGCAAGCCCGGCAACAGCGCCGUCGUGCAUGCGCCCCCGCCACAGGCUUCCGGUGCGAAAUACACCGCCGCCCCAGCGGGACCAUCCAACAAAGCAAGACUAGUAGCAGCGGAAGAUGGCACAUCCGCUCCGUCAUCACGGUUGUCAAGCCCGGCUGGGAGGGCACCGACGCCGGAUAGCAAGGUCGUGAUUGAUCCGUCGAAAGGAGGUGCCAUUGCGCCCAAGACGGCGCAACAGUCAACAGCGCUCGAGGUCAAGCCUGGGACGUGGGCCUGGGAGGGUGUGGUCAGUGUUUUGACUGUCGACCUCUUUAAUCCUGCGUGGCAAGUGCGGCACGGUGCCGCGCUGGCCCUUCGCGAGCUGCUGAGAUUGCAAGGCAAAUGUGGCGGGAUGAAAGACGAUACACCAUGGCAAGAAAAUCAGGUCGCGCAUGAGCGAUGGUGCAACCAUCUAGCCGCACAGUUUCUCUGCGUGUUUGUUCUCGACCGGUUUAGCGACUUCGUAUCUGACCAGGUCACUGCGCCAGUGCGAGAGACCAUCAGUCAAACGAUGGGCUCACUCCUACUGCACAUGCCGCGCCGGUCGGUAACCUGGGUACACAGUAUUCUGCUCGACAUGAUCAAGCAGGACUUUGUCCUAUCGACAACGACGAAUGGCAAUGGUACAGUCCCCGCUACCAGCACACGAACGGCGAGGCAUCCGAAAGCCAAGAUGCUGAACCUCAAGCACGUCUGGGAGGUUCGGCAUUCUGGUUUGCUUGGCCUCAAGUACGAAGUGGCGGUUCGGGACGACCUCUUCGUCAAGCUGGACGAUGGCGUGCAGGAAGGCGCGCUAUCGGGUAAGCAAAUCCUUCAAGACGUCGUCGACUCGGCCAUCCUCGGCUUGGGCGACCACGACGACGACGUGCGCGCGGUGGCCGCGUCGUGCUUGCUGCCCGUCGCCGAGCAUCUGGUCAAGCAGCUGCCGGAGUCGCUGGACCGUGUCCUCGUCGCUCUCUGGGCCUGCCUCAGCGACAUGAAGGACGACCUGAGCUCCAGUGUCGGCGCGGUCAUGGACCUGCUGGGCAAGCUCGUGGCGUACGACGUCGUCAUUGACGUGCUCGCGAAGGAUACGGUCAGCAUGCCCAUGACAGCCCUGGCGCCGACACUCUUCCCCUUCUUCCGGCAUACGAUUGCGAACGUCCGCCUGUCGGUCGUACAGACCCUUACGAACUUCAUGAACGUGCCCACACUACCCAAGGACUGGAUCUCCGCAGCCUUCCUGCAGCUUGUUUACCAGAAUCUCCUCGUCGAAGAGCGCGCCGACAUCCGCGAGACCUCCCUCGAAGCCUGGCGCACCGCGCUCGCCAUAAUCUCCACCCAACCGGGCUGGCUGCAGUCCCUUGUCACGCAGGAGCUUCUCUUCGGCUGGUUCGAGACCGUCAUGACCCCGCUCGGCUGCCCACUGAAUACCGCCGGCUUUUUCUUCCCCACCGUGCACGCCGACGGCAACAUCGAGCGCCACAACGUCGACAAGAACAUGAUAAGCCAAGACCAGGCGCUCAUCAACCCGGACGUCGUGUGGAAGGCGCGCAUCGCGUGUGCCACCGCGCUUGCAGGGCUGCUGGUGGCGUGGCCUGCGGACGCGGUCACCGCGGCGUUCGAGCCGCUGCUGAUUCACUACGUCCAGUCGCCGGCGAUGAUACAGAAGUACCUCGCGGCGACGAUCACGACGGAGUGGGCGCAGGCGUACGCGGCGGCGGCGGGCGAGGGCGCACCUGGGCUUGCGGCGGCGUGCCCGCUGGCGAAGGGCGUCGCGGACAUCGCGCUCGGCUGGGUGCAGGCGCCGCUGCCGCCGGCGUACCACGAGAUGAUGCUCUCGCUCUCGCGCAUCCACCAGGACUGCGUGCAGCUGCUCGCCGGGUUCCACACGAGCUGCAAGCUGCCCCAGUCGUCGAUCCCGUACCUGGGCACCGAGAUCGACGUGACGGGCCAGAAGGAGGGGUGCUUCACGCUCGAGACGGCGCAAGCGGCGGUGGGGCGGAUGUUCCAGGCGCUGCGGGACAGCCUUGGGCGGGCGAAGAAGAAGGAGGUUGCGGUGCUGGCGGAGAAGCGGGUGACGAUUGCAGCGGCGAUCGAGCGGUAUGUGGAGACGAAGGGCUUGUACGACGUGCGUGUUGCGGCGGCGUUUGCUGCGACGAUCGUGUACGUUGGUGCCGUGCCCGACAAGGUGACACCGGUGGUCAAGGGCAUCAUGGACAGUGUCAAGAGCGAGGAGAACGAGGAUCUUCAAGCGCGCUCGGGCAACGCCAUCGUCAAGUUCAUCGAAUGGCUGAUCAAGUACAAGCCCGCGCCCGCAGACAAGAUCGUCAAGAACCUGUGCACCUUCCUCUGCCAGGACACGUCCUACACCCCCAUCUUCGCCGAGAAGCGCAAGGCCCAUCAGGGUAUCCUCUCCGCGAUCGGUCUGCGCCCGGCGGACCAGCAAAAGAACGGGAAGUCCACCGCCAAAGUCGAGGAGGAGACUGUCAGCGACCACAGCAAGCAGAUAUCUGCUCGCGGCGCGACGAUCGCCUUCCGCGGGCUCUCUACUCGGUUCGGCCCUCAGCUGCUAGACGUCGUGCCGAACAUGUGGACCUCCAUCGCCGGCGGUCUUCUUGGCCAGUUCAACGCCAGCUCGCCGGAGGAGUCCGACAAGUUCCUCAGCGCCGACGCGAACGCAGGGCAGAAUGUCAUCGACACGCUCUCCGUCCUCGAGGCGGUCAUUCCGGCGCUGCAUGAGGACCUGUGGCCGCGGUUGACGCAACUGUUCCCGAUGAUCUUGCUCGCACUACAGAGCAAGUACGCGAUCAUACGGCAGAUUGCGGCGCGCAGUUUCGCGACUGUGUGCGCGGUGUUGACGACAGACGCGAUGCGUUUCGUGAUCGAGAGGGUGGUACCGCUGCUCGGAGAUCCACUGUCCUUGACGAACCGGCAGGGGUCGAUGGAACUGCUUUAUCAUAUUGUACAGAAGCUUGACAUCAAGGCGCUGCCCUAUGUUAUCUUCAUGGUUGUACCCGUACUUGGUCGUAUGAGCGACGCGGACGGCGAUGUGCGGGCAACCGCCACGAACACCUUUGCCUCCCUCGUCAAGAUGGUACCGCUUGAGGCCGGGCUACCCGACCCGCCAGGCUUCUCCGAAGAGCUGCUCAAGCGGCGCGAGGAGGAGCGCCAGUUUCUCAUGCAGCUGCUUGAUGGAUCGAAGGUCGAGCCGUACGAGAUCCCGGUCUCUGUCAAGGCGGAGUUGCGCAAGUACCAGCAAGAUGGUGUCAAUUGGUUGGCUUUCCUCGCCAAGUAUCAGCUGCACGGCAUCCUCUGCGACGAUAUGGGUUUGGGCAAGACCCUGCAGUCCAUUUGCAUCCUCGCCAGCAAACACCACGAACGCGCGGAACGGUUCAAGGAGACGCAAUCGCCGGACGCAGUCCACCUCCCGUCCCUCAUCAUCUGCCCGCCGACGCUCACCGGCCACUGGUACUACGAGAUCCUCAAGUACGUCGAGAACUUACGUCCAGUCCUCUACACCGGCAACGCUCGCGAACGCACGAAGAUCUUGAGCAAGCUGAAGUCCUACGACGUCGUCAUCACGUCUUACGAGGUCGUUCGCAACGACAUUUCCAGCCUCGGCAACAUCCAGUGGCUUUACUGCAUCCUGGAUGAGGGCCACGUCAUCAAGAACGCGAAGACCAAGUUGACGAAGGCGGUCAAGUCGCUCAACUCACAGCACCGGCUUAUCCUCUCCGGCACGCCGAUCCAGAACAAUGUGCUCGAGCUGUGGAGCUUGUUCGACUUCCUUAUGCCGGGCUUUCUUGGGACGGAGAGUUCGUUCAAUGAACGCUUCGGGAAGCCCAUCUUGUCCAACCGGGACGGCAAGUCGAAGAAUGGUGAAGCUGCGGCGUUGGCAUUGGAGGCGCUGCACAAGCAGGUCUUGCCGUUCCUUCUGAGACGCUUGAAGGAAGACGUCUUGAACGAUCUACCGCCGAAGAUCAUCCAGGACUACUACUGCGAGCUCUCCGACAUGCAGAAGAACAUGUACGACGACUUCGCGAAGUCGAGGGCGCUCGCGUCUGCGGAGGGUGCCGUCGUGGCGGCGCAAUCGGCGGCGCAGAAGGUCGAGAAGCAGCACAUCUUCCAGUCGCUUCAGUACCUGCGCAAGCUGUGCAAUCAUCCUGCGCUCGUUCUCAAGGCGGACCAGGAGGCGAUCGCCGCGAACUUGGACCGGUUGGGCUUGAAGGUCGAUCGUCCGGCUGACGGUCUGAAGGACAUCCAGCAUGCGCCCAAGCUCCUCGCACUUAAGCAACUGCUGACCGAUUGCGGCAUCGGCGUCACCGCUUCUGCAGCUGAGUCUGGGAAGAGCGAGUUGAUCGACGCAGGCCCCGAAUCGGCGGGCGCUUUCUCCCAGCAUCGCGUCCUCAUCUUCUGCCAGAUGAAGCAGAUGCUGGACAUCAUCGAAUCGGACCUCUUCAAGCAGCACAUGCCAUCGGUGACCUACAUGCGGUUGGACGGAGGUACCGAUGCCAGCAAGCGCCACGCCAUCGUCCAGACGUUCAACAGCGAUCCCAGUAUCGACUGUCUCUUGUUGACGACGCACGUCGGUGGUCUCGGUCUGACGUUGACCGGCGCGGACACCGUCAUCUUCGUCGAGCACGAUUGGAAUCCGAUGAAAGAUCUUCAGGCCAUGGAUCGUGCGCAUCGCAUUGGUCAGAAGAAGGUCGUCAACGUCUACCGUCUGAUCACGAAGGGCACGUUGGAGGAGAAGAUCAUGGGCUUGCAACGCUUCAAGCUCAACAUCGCCAACUCCGUCGUUACCCAGCAAAACUCCGGCUUGGCAUCCAUGGACACCGACCUCGUCUUAGAUUUAUUCAAGCGUACGACGGAAGAGGAAGACGCGGCCGCCGCGGCGAAGAAGAAGAGCAAAGACAUCGCGGAGGCCGGCCUACAAAACAAGGUUCUCCAGGGACUGGAGGACCUCCCCGCCGAGGAAGAGUACCAAGGCCUAGAUCUCGAGAGCUUCAUGAGCACGAUAGGACGCUGAUUACGCACGCACGCACGACCACUUUCCAGGAUAUCAUUAUUGUUUUACGCAUGCACGCACGCACUCAACGAGUCUAGUAAUUCGACACAUCUGCACAUACAUUACUUCCGCAUACAGUUACAAAGUGUAUACUACUCUAUUCACCAUGUUUGUUACUCCCAUCGUUGGAGGGGCUGCGCAACUCCCAUUGUUGUUGGUAUGGCUGCCAUCGGACUCGGAGCCAUUAGAGAACUGACCGUCAUGCCAUGAUCCUUGCUUAUUGCACACGCCGCGUCGGGGGUGACGUUCGUCGUG